CGCUGCCCGCAAAGUAUCCACUUUUUCACGACAAAGAAUUUGUGUGGCUCACAAUUUAUUAAAUUAGUAACAAUUGCAGCAACCUAAAAUGCCGCUGGUCUGAGGCAUUGAUUAAUAGUGAUCUCAGGAUACUAGUGAAAUAGCGUUUACCGCUCCCCACUCGCCUAGUAGCGACCUGUGAAAACCACAAACUUCGGUUGCGACGCACCAUUUUUUGUAUGCUGUGAGGCAGGGUCGGGCGACGGGAACAGGGAAUCGGGAGAAUGGAGCAGAACUCCAAUAGCGCCCCUGCGGAAAUCUUCGCGGAGGACUCCGGUUGCAGCAGUGGAACCGCCCGGUUUGUGGGCACGGCUCCAGAUGCUGACUUCGGUAUCGAAAACUGCUCGGGAUCCGCCUCCGGCAGCGAUACCGUAAGCGCAAACCAUGAGUUCCAGACCAUGAAGCCGGGACCGGGGGUGAUUCACAAGCUGCCUGCGGUGGCUACCAACGGACGCAGUCGAUCCGAGUUGCCGCACAGUGAGUUGGUGAAGAUGCUGUACUAUCUUGAAGGCGAGCUGCAGGCCCGUGAUGUUUGCAUCGCUGCACUGCGCAACGAACGGGUUAAACAGCUUAUCACCCAGUUGCGCACCAAGCGCCUUCAGCCAAACGAUCCUUAUGCGGCCAUAUUCCGGGACAAAAUUGCCCUGAACGGAAACCUUAUCUCCAGAGAGUCAUCCACACAGGCCGCUCAGGCCGAGAUGGAGGUACGCCAGAUUAUUGAGCAGCAAAUGGAGCAGCAGUACCAGAUGGUCAGCAAGCAAAGGGCUACGCACGUUCGCAUGGUAAAUAUACUCACUGAAUCGCUGGAGAACAACCAGCGAAUGCUACAAGAACUGGAGGAGGAAAAGCGAAAGCACGAGCACGAUACGGCGCAGGGAGAUGACAUCACAUAUGGUCUCGAAAUGGAGCGCUCCAAGUUGAAGCAGGACCUCGAGGAGGAGCGCGCCCAAGUAGCCAAGAUGGAAAAGGACCUCAAGAAGCUACAAGAGACGUUGGAGUACGAACGCAAUCGGCAGAAGCAGAUUGUACUGCUUUUGAUUGCAGAGCGGAAAAAGAUCUUGAUGAAAUACAUUGAGGAGGGUAAAAGAUCGGAAGACCUGGCCCAGAUACUGGCCGAGGAAAAACAACGCUCGGAUACCAUUGCUGAAGGCCUGGAAGAGGAGAGUAAGAAGUCGCUGCGCAUGGAAGAGGAGCUGGAGAAGCAAACACAAUCCAUGGAGCUGGAGCGAAAGACCCUCUUGGCAAAGUUGGCCAAGGAAGAGCUACGAGUUAAAGAGUUGGAGCAGGAGCUCAAUAACCUGCGCGGCGAGCACGAGGCUCUCAAGAAGCAGCACCAGCUGGGGGCCAGCAGUUCCUCCGUGGCCGCCGCCAAGGCGCGACAGUUUAGCGACGAUGCCUGUGCCACGCCCCCUAUGGUAAAUAUCGCCAAGAUCGUGCAGCCAACCGCCACGGUAAGCAGUAUGCCGGUGUCGGGCCCCCAAACUGGCAUUGCUCGGUCUAUAGCACCAGGUCAGAACAUCCGGAGUGCCGGGAUAGCAACGGCGCCCACAGGCACGGCCACCGCUGUGAUGGCACCACCACCGGCGGCUGCAAUCAACCAUAAUAAUACACCGACAAACCCAACUACAAACAAUACUACCAACGCCACCAGUGCAGCUGGAAGCUCCACUGUGGACUCAUCUGGUGUCACCGUUCCCACACCGGCACCACCGUCUCCAUCACCUGCGAAGAUGCAGCCCACAGCCACUAUACAGCGCGCGCCUGGCGGCAAGUAUGCUGCUCUAGCUGCGGCAGCUGCACUUGACCAGACGGCUGUGCCACCACAUCCUCAUCCCGUGCCCAUUGCCGUGCCCCCCGUUACGGUACCGCCGGCAGGAGCUCGCGGCGCUCCGCCUCCAAUACCGACCAAGCCCAUUGUUCCGCCAAAACGAGAGCCCUCGCUUUCACGGCUUGGCUCUAUCACAGGCAGCAGUGCCAUAGUGGCAGCCGCCACCACCACGGCGUCGACGAGCGCGGCAGGUAUAGCCGCGGCGGCUGUAGCCACGGCGAAGCAUAAUUAGACACCUCUCACAAUCACAACCACAUAAUUAACCAAUAUUGGCAUAGUUUAAGCGAAAUACUCAAAAGCGUAGUCCCUUGAUGAGCGCUAGGCAACAGGAUCUUCCAUCUCGAACUGCCAUUUAAAAUCGAACUUCAUUCCUCCCAAACUGCUGCCGUGAUUUUGAAUAUUUUCGAAUCAUAAAUCCGCUGUUUAGGUUAUAAUGCCACAGGCGACUUUGAAUCCAUUUGACAACCAAUAGAUUUUAUUUUUACAUUUUUAAGAAAUAGAUGACCAUUUGAUUUUUUUUGUACCAUAUUAUAAGGUAAAAGUGUUGUUAAAAUUAUUUUUAUGAAAUUCUCCAUUUGCGUUGUCAGUUCGGGAUUGGAAACUUUAUAAUCAAAAAUAAUUUAUUGAUUUUUUUUUUUAAUUUCUGUUGCCUAGUGUGUUUGU